AUGGCUGAGAAAGGACCGACCCCGGCCACGGCCGACACGGGCUUCAUCUUUUCCAUGGCACCGCCCGAAAACCCGUUUCUCGCCGACACGUAUUUCCAGCGCGUCCUCGCGGCCUACCUCCUAAAAGACAUCCUUGCCGAGCUGACACCCGCGCUGACCAAGUUUGGCGACGACGCCAUCUCGCCGAUUGUCGCGAUUGGAUAUGAGACGGAGUAUGGUAUUUAUAGGCGGAUCAAACUACCUCUUCUCGCCCGUGUCUGGGCUGACCGGCUGUCCCCUCUCCAUGACCGACGGCACCGCCCGUCUCCGCUCCCCGGCUUGCCGGCCGAGCACCCGUUCCACGAGACUUACCGGCGGCUCACGGCGCGCACCGGCAGCUGGACGUCGGGCCAGUGGAUGACGGAGCGGACAGGCGGCAGCGACGUGCAAGGCACCGAGACCUGA